AUGGAUAUUGAAGAACCAAUCAUUCCAUGCACCGUAGAAGAAAGCAAAGAAAUAAAACCAAUAAACAAAGACACAGUCCACAGAAUAUGUUCCGGCCAAGUAGUCCUCACUCUAGCUAUAGCAAUGAAAGAACUAGUAGAAAAUGCAAUUGAUGCUGGAGCCAACAUUAUAGAUAUUCACCUGAAGGAAUAUGGCUCGGAGCUAUUAGAAGUCUCAGACAAUGGCAGUGGGGUACACGAAGACAAUUUUCAAGCCUUGACACUGAAGCACUAUACUUCGAAAAUAAGAGAAUUUAACGAUUUGGAACAAUUAAGCACUAUGGGAUUUAGAGGGGAAGCUUUGAGUUCUUUGUGUGCAUUGUCAGAAAUUGAAGUUACUAGUAAGCAUGAAACGGCAGAGACUGCAACAAAAUUAAAAUAUGAUUAUGGUGGAAAUAUCAUCAGUAAAGAGAUAGCGGCUAGACAACAGGGAACCACUGUCACUCUCAAAAAUCUCUUCUCAACUCUCCCAGUGAGAAAAAGAGAAUUUUCUAAAAACCUCAAAAAAGAAUUUUCAAAAAUGUGUAACCUACUGUACGCUUACUGCUUACUACCGGCAGGAAUAAAAUACAAAUGUACAAAUGCCACAGCAAAUGGAAGUAAAAAUAUUGUUGUAGCUACAGAAGGUAAUAAGACAGUGAGGGAGAAUAUUAUAAGCGUUUUUGGUGUUAAACAGUUGGCAUCACUCAUAGAUGUAAAAGAAAUAAUUCCAGAAGAAAAAUUAGCAGAGGAAUAUGGUCUUGAGUUGGUGCCAGGUGAAGAACUUCCAUUCACAUUAGAAUUUCUAAUAUCUAAUGCCAUUCAUGGAAGUGGUCGCAGUUCAACAGACAGACAAUUUUUCUAUAUAAACCACCGACCAUGUGAACCGACAAAAGUUAUAAAAUUAGUCAAUGAGGUUUUUAGACAGUUUAACAAUAAGCAGUAUCCUUUUGUAUAUUUGAAUAUUAUAACCAAAUCUUGCAUAGUAGAUGUAAACAUUACUCCUGACAAAAGACAAGUGUUUUUGGAAAAAGAAAAAAUCUUAUUGGCAACUGUUAAAGCAUCUCUUUUAGAAGCUUUCAAAGAUUCUCCUUCAAUAUUGAAAGUACAAAAUUUGGACGUUUCUCUAGCCAUUAGCAGUCAGAAAGGGAUUAAAAGGAAUUUAAGUGAAGGCAGUAGCAGUAUUUUGGAAACCUUUAAGAAAAAAUCUAGAAAUAGUAAUGUUUCUCCAAAAAGUCAAAACGGUAGUUUUUCAAAUAUCUUUCAAAAAUCUUCAUCAGAUCCUAUUCAAUCAGCAAGAAAAUGUAAGGACCAUGAUUUAUCAUCAAGUCAAAUUGAAGCUGAUGCAAAAUUGGCAACUCUAGUUGAAAUUGCUUGUAGAUUAGUUAAAGAGGAUGAAAUGAUUGCCAAACCUGAAGUUAAAAAAACUGUAAUUAUUGAUAAACCUCAAGAGGAUUUGAAUAGUAGAAGAGAAGUACCAUUGAACCUAAAUUUUGCUUCUUUAAAAGAAAAAAUAAAUAAUAAUCUUCAAAAUAGUAAAUCUUCAAACAAAAAUAAUGAGCUGGUAAAGUUUAGGUCAAACAUUGCUCCAGAAGCUAAUAAAUCAGCUGAAGAAGAAUUGAACAAGCACAUAUCCAAAACAAACUUCAAGCAAAUGGAAAUUAUUGGACAAUUCAAUUUGGGUUUUAUUGUAGCUAAAUUAUUUGAAGACUUAUUUCUCAUUGACCAGCAUGCCACUGACGAAAAAUACAAUUUUGAACAAUUACAAUUAAACACUGUUAUAGAUAGUCAAAAAUUAGUCAACCCAAAACUGCUAGAACUCACAGCAGCAGCUAAAGCAACUUUACUAGAACACGAAAACAUUUUCAAAAAGAAUGGGUUCAAUUUCAAAAAGCAACAAACUGAAUCCUGUGAAAACAUCUUGCUCACUUCAGUUCCAAUGAGCGACAAAACGAUAUUUGGCAAAAACGAUAUUGACGAAAUGAUUUUUAUGCUUCAAGAAGACUCCAGUCAGGAUAAAACGUGCAGGCCAUCGAAAGUGAGAGCCAUGUUUGCUUCAAGGGCUUGCCGGAAAAGCGUAAUGAUAGGGACUGCACUGUCAAAAACAGAUAUGCGCAAAUUGGUAGAUCACAUGGGAGAAAUUGACCAACCCUGGAAUUGUCCGCACGGACGACCUACAAUGAGGCAUUUGGUCAAUCUCAGUUUACUUACAGAGAACAUUAGUGAUACCUAA